AAAAAACUUGCUGAGUUUGAGAUAAGCUUUCCUUCUACGGGUGAGGCGCGCCAAAGGCCUCUGUGGAGCUACCAACUUCCUUUCAUGGCGUUCCCUUUGUCUUCCCCCGUCGUUUCUCGCCGGUUUUCUCUCUCAUCUGCCCUUCCAAUUACGAAACACAGAUUUCUUCAUACGAAUUCCAUAUUUCGAUUUACCCAUUCCUCCGGAAGCUCGAUUCUCCCCAAACUCUCUUCCAACUCCGCUAAUAACUCUUCACUGGGACUAGAGGACCAGCAUAACUUUCUCCAACAGUUAUGCAUUUCACCUUUUGAACUUGGAAAGAGGGAAAUUAAGAAAUUGAUUGCUGUGAUCCUUAUAUGUAUCCAAAUUUCUUCACCACUGCCCCUGGUGAAUUGGGACUUUCAAUCUAUUCACCCUGCCAUGGCAGUGCUCUAUUCACCGGACACCAAGGUUCCUAGAACAGGAGAACUUGCAUUAAGGAGAGCAAUUCCGGCAAACACAAGCAUGAAGGCAAUACAGGACUCUUUAGAAGAGAUAUCAUAUUUGCUAAGGAUUCCACAAAGAAAACCUUAUGGAACCAUGGAGGGUAAUGUGAAGAAAGCUCUCAAGCUGGCAGUUGAUGAGAAGGACUUGAUUUUAGGAAGUAUACCAUCAGAGUCGAAGGAAAAAGGUUUAUCAAUAUACACAACUCUAAUUGAAGGCAAGGGUGGACUGCAAACUCUCCUCCAAAGCAUUAAGGCUAAUGACCCUGAUAAAGUGUCUGUAGGACUUGCAUCAUCACUUGAUACUGUUGCGGAGUUGGAGUUGUUGCAGGCUCCUGGAUUGUCAUUUUUAUUGCCCGCUCAAUACUUGAAGUAUCCAAGGCUGACAGGGAGAGGAACUGUUGAAUUUACCAUUGAGAAAGGAGAUGGUUCAUCUUUUUCCCCACAAGCAGGUGGUGAAACUAGCAAUACAGCCACAGUUCAGGUUGUUGUGGAUGGAUAUUCAGCACCACUCACUGCAGGGAAUUUUGCAAAACUGGUAGUUGAUGGAGCUUAUGAUGGAUCAAAACUCAGCUCUACUAGUCAAGCUAUUCUUUCUGAAAAUAGUCAGGAUAAGAACAAAGGCUAUAGCAUUCCCUUGGAAAUAAAGCCAUCAGGACAAUUCGAACCCUUAUACCGAACAACCCUCAGUGUGCAGGAUGGAGAAUUGCCGGUUUUACCUCUGUCUGUGUAUGGAGCAGUUGCAAUGGCACAUAAUGAAGAUUCAGAGGAAUAUUCUUCACCACAUCAAUUCUUCUUCUAUCUGUAUGAUAAAAGAAAUUCUGGCUUGGGAGGACUAUCCUUUGAUGAAGGGCAAUUUUCAGUUUUUGGAUACACAACCGUUGGAAGAGACAUACUUCCUCAGAUCAAAACUGGAGACAUAAUUCGAUCUGCGAAACUUGUUGAAGGUCGAGAUCGCCUCGUUCUACCAAAUAAGAAUUGAUUCUCUGGUUAUUAACAAAUCUAGAUCUACCAAUUGAUUCUGUACAUUUCUUACUUGUUCAUUUGUAUUUGUUGGUAAAAUUUUGUUGCUCGUGGUAUCUAACUUGUACCAUUAUGUAACUUCAUAUUUCCAUUCAUAUUUAUUGAAUAUUGCAAACA